AUCAUGAGUGGGUCUCCGUGCCUACCCGGGCGUGUCUCAGAUCCGACUCCGAGAGUGCUCUUCAUCUCCCUAGUACAAUGUAUGCCCCCUCCUCUCUGGCACCUUUCUUGUCCUUGUAUCUUUAGAGCACGAGGUCACGAAUGUGGAGUGCCAAUUUCACCUGCCGACAUCGGUGCCACCCUCGUUGGACGCCAACAUCCACUUCGUAUUCUACUUCUCUCUGCUGCCGUUGUUUCGUUGCUACUGCUUAUAUCUGGUUUGUGUUGGUGGAAGGGCAUUGUCGAGACCUUAAUACUCUGGUUCAGCCCAUUGCACUUGACCUCUCGCUGGAUUCCUGGUGGAAUAGCCAACAUCAACCCUCCUUCCAAGGCCACCGUCAAUGAUACGCUCAACGUAGGUGAUGGGAGGCAAACUAGCUUGGUUUUUGUUGAUGUGAUCUUCAAGUUUAUCUUGGCAACACUUGUUUGCUCUAGCAAAGGUCUAACGGUGCCUCCACCUGUUUCAUUCGCCUCGCAGUCAGCACACUGCCAAGAUGAGAUCACACCUCCCCCGUCUAGCGGAAAUCGUCAACCAGCAAGUUCAUAUCCGUCCUUUCAUGGUGGGCCGCGCUCCGAAGGGGAGCCAUCUUCCCCAUCUCCCAUCAACUGUGGCUCCGAAGAUCCCGAAUCAAAUCUUGAAGAUCUUCCGGAGCCUGGAGACUGUCUUCCUUCGACAAACAGGGACAUCUUCGCAUACGCUCUAUACGCCAUUACAAUCCUUGCGUACUGUGGAAUGGCGGCGUCCAUGAACUCCGUUGACACUACGAACCCUGAUAUCAGUGCACCAAGGGUUGAGGUGAACGUUAUAUGGUUGCUGUCAAGUCUUAUCACCAUAGUCAUAUCUAUCCUCUGCAAGACUGGGCUCUGGUGGCUUCACUAUGGUGAUAAUGACUGGAUCGUGAGCACGCUGUUGUUACCCGAAUUCUAUAUGGCUCUAUUCUGCGUCGUAGCGUUGUUCGGCCAUGCGAACCUUGUUGGACAACAACACUUCGAUCCGAAAACCUUUGUUGCGGCUGUCCCAGUGCUCUUGUAUGCUUUGAUAAUACGUAUGCUACUCGGUAGAUAUAAUCGCGCACCAAGCUUCAAAGCUCUAUUCUCUCUCAUAUACCCUAACUAAUACCGUAAUGGAUACCCUUAUCUCGUCUACAUUUGGUUUUGUGUCAUCGCUUUGAAUGCCGUUGUUCUGCUUUGUCGCUAUCUGCUAACUCAUUGUUGUGAACAGUCUUCUAUCCUUUAUGUAUCUCCCCCGCUAUUUUCUCACUCAAGGUUUCCAUUCGUGUAUCAUUUCUUUCAAUUCGUUGAGCCAUUAGCCCUGGCAACGAUAUGUUUGGCAAACACUUAGGACUCGGGCUUGAAUAUAAGUAGGACUCAGAAU